CUCGAACCGGAUCUUUUCAUACUCUAUCUGCAAUUUUGGACGCCAUAGUUUUGCAUUCUAACCUUGGGCGGAUUGUUUUGUGUUUCUCAGGAGAUAAUACUUCAUUUUCGAAUAAGUAUAUUCUAUUCAACCGCCACUUGGACUUUAAAAUUUUUGCACUUCGAUUAUUCACAAACUCAGUCUCAUUUGUACCAAUGAACUAUUAAUUUAAAGUACUACAGCUUAUCGUUGAUAGUAAUAUUCCUGGGAUAAACGAUGGCUGCUAUUCGAAAGAAGCUCGUCAUUGUUGGCGAUGGAGCUUGCGGUAAGACUUGCCUUCUUAUAGUCUUUAGUAAAGAUCAAUUUCCUGAAGUUUACGUUCCAACUGUAUUUGAGAAUUAUGUAGCUGAUAUUGAAGUAGAUGGAAAACAAGUUGAGCUGGCUCUUUGGGAUACUGCAGGCCAAGAAGAUUAUGAUCGUUUGCGGCCUCUCUCAUAUCCAGACACUGAUGUCAUCCUCAUGUGUUUUAGUAUUGAUAGUCCUGAUAGUUUAGAAAAUAUUCCUGAGAAAUGGACCCCCGAGGUCAGACAUUUCUGCCCCAAUGUUCCGAUUAUUUUGGUGGGUAAUAAGAAGGAUCUGCGAAAUGAUCCAGUCACAAUUAAUGAAUUGGCAAAGAUGAAGCAGAAGCCUGUAACACCUGAGGAAGGGCGUGCUAUGGCUGAAAAAAUCAAUGCUUAUGGCUAUUUGGAAUGCUCGGCUAAAACUAAAGAAGGUGUUAGAGAAGUUUUUGAAACUGGUACACGAGCAGCUUUGCAAGUAAAAAAGAAAAAGAAAACCAAGUGUGUUCUGUUUUGAAUGUUCUAACCUAGAACAAGAACCGAAAAUUUCAGCUUAUGAUGGAAACAAUUUUUAAGUCAUUUCUGUUAAAGGCAUAUCCUUACACGCCAAGUUUGUUUCAAGCAUUUCUGACUUGUGAUCAACCUGUUUCUUUUACUUUUUCUAAUAGCUGAUACAAACUGCAUUUGCUAAAUCAUUGUUCUGAUACUUAGUAAUUUUUAUUUCAUUCUUGAGAAAACAACUUAAAGAAGUCUUCCACUGCAGCUAAUUUGCUUAUUGUCUGAAAUGAAAGUGACAGGCUGGGAUUAAAUAUUGCUUACUAUGCAUCGCAUGUAUUAAUGCAUCUAAAACUUUGUGAAUUCCAAAUUAAACUCUACAUAGAACUAAUUCAGCUGUCAAUGACUUUGUAUGAACUGGAAAGUUUGUACUGCUGACUGUCAUCUUUCCAAUGCAGUGUUUUGGAAUAAUAAGAUUAAAGUUGUUUGUAUUCUACUACCAGCAUUAAAAAUUCAAUUAUUACACAAUUUUCCCAUUUGAGAUUUGUAUAUUUAGUUGCAAUAGUAAUAACUACUAAAUUUGAUUCUAUUUUAGGAAUAUAUUUAAAAUUUUAUUCUAAAUUGUAUGUUCUAUGUGUUAAAUAAAUUUUUUUUGUGUAAUUGUUAUCAGUAUUUUCAAUUUGAUAACAAUUAACUUAAUCAGUAAAAUAAAUAUCUAAUUUUUAUUUAAAUAGUAUGUGCUGGUGAUAUAAAAUACUAUUAAACUUUUUCUUUUCUGUAGACAGAGAAAAGUGAUUAUUUUUAAGAUUUUUAAUUUGAAUUUUCUCAGUAUAAACGUUCUCAUUUUUUUUAAAGAUCUGUUAUUAUGUAUUUUAUGUUCAAGAAUAAUACUCACUUUGCAUAUACUAAUAAUUAUUUUGCCUUGUUAACAUACGUAGAAAAGAUUUUUGCUAUAAUUUUUUUCAUUUUAAAAUUUGCAUAUUUCUAUCAUAAUAUUUAAAAUCUUUUUAAUUGGAAAAAUAUUUCUUUAUUGUGCUUAGCAUUCAAGAUUAUUGCGUAUGCAUUUUGUAAAUUAUAAUUGCUCAGCUUUUGACUGGUGCUAAUGAGGGAUUUAAAGAGAUAGUGACAAAUAAGUCUGUGCUAGCAUUGGAUCUCUUCUAGACCAAUCCCUAUACUAUUUUCUGUAUGUACUUUGUCAUUUGAACAAUUUUGCCACUUGCUGACCUUUGGUCAUCAUUCAUGUUGUAUAAGGCUCUCUUCCAUAAGUUGUAAUCAUUCUGUAAUUUGGGUUAGAAAAGUUUUUGAUACAUUAUUGGAAAUUUUUUACACAAAUAAAUGGAAGACAAUUAUUAGACUAUGUGUGCUUAAUUAGAUACCUGUUUUACCAUCAUUAUAAACUGAAAGAUUAAAAAAUGUUGCAGUUUAUUAUUGUUGAAUGAAGUAAACAUGUUUGUUUUAAACUGUUUUUAAAUACAUAAGCAUGAAAUUUUAUGUACUGUGUAAUAUUUUUAUGUGUUGCUGAUUAUAAUUUAUCUGUACUGAUUAUUUUACAGUAAGUUAAUUGCAUGAAGUAUUGAAUAUCUGUAGUUUCUCAAUAAAAAAUCAAAAAGGCAUUUUUGGAUAUAAUGAUUAUUCAAUGAGUAUCACCAUUAUAAUUUUAUAAAAGUGGAUAGUUUUAACAAAGCUUAUUACAAAAUUUAAACUUAAUGAAUUUUUAAAAUUUUAUUGAUAUCUAAAACAUUUAAUAUGUGUAUAUUCUUAUGACUUUAUACUAUCUAUAUUAUAUAAGAAGAAAGUUACAAAUUUUUAAUGUAGAUUUUGCAGAAGAAACUGAUAAAUAUUCAAGAAUUUUUACAUUACAGACUUUAAAAAUUAUAUUAAGUUAAUUUAUACUUUAUUUUUAACAUUUUAAUCUUUAAAAAAAGAACAAUGAAAAUAUAAUAGAUCAUGCUUACUUUGUAACUUCAAUAUCUGAUAAGUACAUAUUGUGUUAUUUUUUCAACAGCUUCAGUUCAUGUGUCACUAAUACAUUAUUUAUAGGAAUUAUUCCAUCUGCCUGAAUUAAAAAGCUUAAGUAUGUUUGAUCACAAAUAUACAGUAAGAUAUAAAUUAAGCAUUUUGUUAAACAGCAUGGAUAAGACUUGGACUCGAGCUCAUUUUAAAUUCUGAAAAAAGGUGUUUUGAUGUUCUUGCAAAUAUUUCUAGAACUAUCAUAUCCUUCAUAUUGAGACAAACCCUUCGUAUAUGUCCUGUCGCAGUUUAAUAUUGCUUGUUCUGGAUUGUAUUAUAUUACCUUUGUAUUCACUGCUAAUGGCUAUUAUAUAUUGUUACUGUAACUGUAUGGAAUUUUAUCCAUUAAAAUAAACUGUUCAAAAUGUUAAA